AUGGAUGAUACAACCGAUGUUGAUGAGUCAAUAGGUCAAAUAGGAUCCUCGACUCCUACGAAUUCAUCUUUCUUAUCGCCUAUCAAAAAGUUUGAUAAUUUGAACCUUAAUAAUUUAAGUGAUAUUUAUGAGGAUGAUAAGAAUGAUACCAACGAAAUAGAUAAUAGUGACUUUUUAAAAGGAUUGAACGCCGAAGUUGAUGAGGGGGAAGAUGAAAAUGAUUAUUCUAGUGAUUGGGCUGGUGACCAAACCAUAGAACAUUCGACAGAUGAAGAGGAUUUAGUAGAGAUUAAACCAGUAUUUUUGAAUAAAAGGAAAAGAGACACUUCUGAUGUUGAAAUGAUAACGCCCACAUCAAAUAACCAAUCAGCAUCUUCCAAUUAUGAUGAUUCUAAGAUGUCAAUUUGUUCAAAUAUAACAUCCACAUCAUUAUCAAAUUUCAAAUUAAGUUUUUCCAAUUCUGAUUCCACACCAUGUCCUCCAAUGAAAAAACGAUUCAAAUAUGAAACUCCCAAUAAGAAAAAAUUAUUAAACCUAUCCAAUUCAAUCAAAACCAAUGUUAAAGAGUUACCCAAUUUCAAGCAGAGUGAAAUUGAAGAAGAUUAUCAUAGUGGUUCCAGCUCACCAAUUGAAGCGAUAAAGAACCAACAAUCCACGCCAAUAUCUCAGUCCACGCCGUCUAAUUCCCGUGCUCCGUCACCUAUAGAAUCAAAAGGUACCAUAAAUGGAUAUACCAUGAUAAAUCGUGAGAUACCUAAUGGUGUAGAUGUUGAAUAUGACAAUGAAAAUAUUAAUCAACCAGAAGAAGAAUCAUUUGAUAUCGGCAAUGAAAGGAUCAAUGACCCUUAUCUCAAUGAACCCGAAAUUUUACAUGAUAACCUUGAAAUACGGAAUAAUUACAUGACAAAUAAGUAUAAAUUACCAUUGUUGAUUGAUCUACCAUCAACUAAGAAAGAAAUCCUUGAAGUUCUUAACAGCGAAAAUAUUUAUAACUUCUUCAAGUUCAUUAAAUUGCCGAAAGAAUCAUUAAAAGACCUUUUGAAAAGAGAAAGAAUAAGAUGGCAUCCUGAUAAAUGGGUAAAUGAAUCAUUGGAUAUACAAUUUAUUUCCAAUAUUUCAUCUUCCAUUAACGUUAUUAUAGAGAGUUACGAUUUAUGA